AUGGCAGUGGUCUUGCGACCGGCUCGCGUCGUGGUGGAGAGCUUUCGAGGCAGAGGGACCCAAUCAAGAGGUGCACGGCGUGGAAAAUUUCUGCCCAUCAAGGGCCACCCCUCGCAGCUCCGCAGGACAAAGGAGAUAUCGGAGGACAGCAGCGUGCGCCCAGGACUCAUCCACCCAACCUAUUAUAUUGCAAUGGCCAAGUUUCGUCUCGCCGUGCUCGAAUGCGAUGUCCCCUUCCCGGGCGUAGUCGAACUCCGGGGCUCGUACGGGGACAUGUUCCGCAACCUCCUCGCCGAGGGCAUGCGCGGGCUGCCUGGCACCGACGCGCAGACGGAGCUCGAGGUGACCAAGUGGGAUGUCGUCAACGCGCAUGUGUAUCCGGUGUUUGAAGAUUUCGACGGGCUGAUGAUUUCCGGGAGCAAGCACACUGCAUUCGACAACACGCCAUGGAUCAUUGCCCUUAUCGACUACCUCACAGACUUUUUCAAAAACUCGCGCAAGCCCAUUGUUGGCAUCUGCUUCGGGCACCAGGUCAUCGCGCGCACGCUCGGCGGUCGUGUCGAGGUCAACCCAGGCGGCUGGGAGAAUUCGGUGACGAAGAUCGAAUUGAGCGCGACGGGUCGACAGUUUUUCGGCGUACCAUCUAUCCACAUGCAUCAGACUCACCGCGACGCAGUCACGGUGCUACCCCCGGGCGUCGACAGCAUCGGCGGCUCGGCGCGCUGCGACGUGCAUGGCAUGUACGAGGCUCGUCGCAUUCUGUCGUUCCAGGGUCACCCAGAGUUUGAUGAAGAGAGUAUGACGCUCAUUCUCAAGGGACGUUACUCGAUUGGCGUAUUCUCAGAGGAGAUGUACAACGACGGCAUGAGCCGCGUCAACUGGCCACACUGCGGCAGGAUGCUUGCGACCAAGGUGUGCGGUUUCUUGCUCGAUGCGAAGCGUGCUGCGUCGUAG